CAAUCAUUAUCUUACCAAAAAAAUCAUUAUCUUAAUCCAUAAAAUUAUACUUAUUUUCAAAUUAAUUGAUAAUAUAUUUAUAUCCUUUGGACUCUGUACCAAAACUAAAACCUAGCCAUUAUCUGAACUUCCCAAUCCGGCUGCUCCAAGCCUCCCACGGCCGAUUGAAACUCCUGAGAACGAAAAAAAAAAAACAAGGGAAGCAUCAGGGGAAAACGUAAGAAAAAUCAACGAAAACAAAGAAAAGACGGAAAAAUGAAAAGGUACAUAAAUUCUUAAAUGUUGCUUUUUGGUGAGAUGUGCCAAUCCAUCAAGAAUUGCUGUUGAUAUGAUGCUGACACCAAAAGUUUUGUCUAAAUGUGUGUGGCGGAUUACUUGUGUUACACGUGCAUUGGUGCAAGAUCCCUUUUUCACGUACAGCUCGAUGAUUUCCAGUUUAGAGGAGUCAGUGGGGAUUUAUAACUUGCCAAAUUGGAGUGCGCCAAGGCUUCAAAGAUUCACAUCUAGUGCUUGCAGGCCCGAACAAGAUGAAAUGGAAAUGAGUAACUGCACUAUUGAAGGCAGACAUUACAUCUCUUCUUAUAUUUGCAAUGAAGAAUAUACAUGGGAAAGACAAACCUGGGAGAGGAUUCUGCCAAAGUUGUUUACUUUAAGGACCUCAUCCUUUGGCAGGAAUCAAAAGGUUUAUGAUGAUCUAUAUGGUUCAUGGUAUUUGCAAGGUCGUCACUACAGCCCAUCUUGUAGUGACAGGGAAAUAACGGGUCCAACAAACAAGCUUCUGAGUAACCUUCCAAGUUUUGUAAAGAUAGUAGAAGGUGGACCAAGAGAUGGAUUACAAAAUGAGAAAAACAUUGUACCUACAUUUGUGAAAAUUGAGUUGAUACGGAGGUUGGUCUCUUCUGGAUUGCCUGUUGUUGAGGCCACUAGUUUCGUCUCUCCAAAAUGGGUACCACAGCUAGCAGAUGCAAAGGAUGUCAUGGAAGCAAUUCAAAAUCUAGAGGGUGCAAGAUUUCCUGUAUUAACACCUAACCUUAAAGGAUUUGAGGCUGCUGUUGCAGCUGGUGCAAAAGAGGUUGCAGUAUUUGCAGCAGCUUCAGAAUCAUUUUCCAAGUCAAACAUCAACUGUAGCAUUAAAGAUAGCCUUGCACGUUAUCGUGAUGUAAUUCUUGCUGCUAACAGACUUGCGAUGCCUGUUCGUGGGUAUGUAUCAUGUGUUGUCGGGUGUCCUGUAGAGGGUGAGGUGCCUCCAUCAAAGGUUGCAUAUGUUGUAAAAGAGCUUUAUGACAUGGGUUGCUCUGAAAUUUCACUUGGUGAUACAAUUGGAGUUGGUACUCCAGAAUUCCAGAUUGCAAAUGUGGGAGCAUCUCUCUUGCCACCACCAUCGAGAAUUUGGCAAAACAAUUUGGAUGACAAUUUCCUGUCGGAUUGCAUCUGCAUCUAUUCCUCUCACCCUCAUCACUUGAUUGUAGUGGUAAUGUACAUGGUCACCAUAUCCAGAUAAGUUUUUAUUCAUUGAAGACCUAAAACUUAUCUUCUAUAAUUUCCAACUCCAGCAAUUUGGCAUAAGAACAUCAUGAUUCACAUAGUGGGGUAGGGAUUGGGAAACAGGUUGUUGGGACAAAGUUCUCUAGGCUAUAUAUCUAUGCAAAGUAAGUUCUCCAGCACAUCUAUAUUUCCAAAUUCUGAUCUUUUCAUUUCCAAACUUGAACACAAUGCAAGAUAAGAAGACACCUUCGACCUUCAGUACUAGAAAUGGGAUCUUUCUUAAGAAGUUCCAAGAACAUGUUCUCAAGCAUUUUCCCACACACAUGAAAAGAUUCUCCACCACAAUUGACUUAUUGAUGUUUUCAAAUUGAGAAUAUCCAAUGCUUCUAGUCAUCCAUCAAUUUUUUAAAGAUCAUUCUCUAAUUGACAAGCUGUAUACCCUUCUCAGAUACAUGAUGCUUUUAUUGAUCUGAUUCUAUCUAUAACCACUGGGGGAACAAGAAGUAUGUGAGCAACUAGAUGGGAAGACCAGUAACUUGAGCUCUUAUGGGAAUCAAUUUUCUUCACAGCAAUGGGAGUUCAACUUUCCAACUUAAUAGCGUUUUAUCAAAAUUUUCAAUAAUAGGCAUCCAAUCUUGUCUAGACAGUAUUGUAGCUGAUCAAAAUUCUGGGACAGGAGAUAGAGAAGGAGCUCACUUGACACUGAAAUAUAUUGGUUUGUUUAUCAGCUCUUUCCUGGAUUAGGAGUAGUGAGAUAGGAGCUGAUUUCUGAAAUUGAGUUGAUUCAAGGGCAAAGAUGGAACAUGGACUAG